AGGAAACCCAGGUGGCAUUCGCACAGAGGGCUCGGGACAGUGCACAGCACGGUUCCUGGCUGCGCUGCUGAGCCGAGUUCUUCAGACCCUUCUGAGUGGGAUUCGAGAGUCGUUUACAGAGUCGGAGAAAGUCCUCAAAAAUGGUGAUGCCACUGGCGCUGCUGCGAGACUGGUGCAGGUGGAUGGGAGUGAAUGAGGAGCGCUCUCUGCUCCUCCUGGGCAUCCCAGAUGACUGCGAAGACCAAGAAUUCAGGGAUGCUGUGCAGGCUGCCCUGGGCCCCCUGGGCAGAUACCGAGUGCUGGGCAAGAUCUUCAGAAAGGAGCUGGGGUCGAAGAUUGCUUUGGUUGAGUUUGCCGAGUAUUUAAGCCGAAGCUUGAUCCCUCGACAAAUACCAGGCAAAGGGGGGCCCUGGUAUGUUGUCUGCCUGCCCCAGGCCCCUGAUGCUGAGUCACAGGAUAGACCCAAUUUCCCUGCACAGCCCCAGAGACGAGCAGUGGUUGGUAGGGUAGGUGAGGCAAGAGCCACAGGUGAUGUUGGAGGAAUAGGUGAGAUGGGAGUCUCAGGUGAGGAGGAAGCCACAGGUGAUGUUGGAGGAACAGGUGAGGUAGGAGCAGCAGGUGAGGAGGGAGCCACAGGAGACAUUGGAGGAACAGGUGAGGAGGGAGCCACAGGUGAUGUUGGAGGAACAGGUGAGGUGAGAGCAGCAGGUGAGGAGGGAGCCACAGGUGAUGUUGGAGGAACAGGUGAGGUGGGAGUCUCAGGUGAGGAGGGAGCUGCAGGUUAUGUUGGAGGAACAGGUGAGGUGAGAGCAGCAGGUGAGGAGGGAGCCACAGGUGAUGUUGGAGGAACAGGUAAGAUAGGAGCAGCAGGUGAGGAGGGCACCUCAAGUGAGGAGGGCACCUCAAGUGAGGAGGGCACCUCAAGUGAGGAGGGAACCUCAAGCGAGGAGGGAACCUCAAGUGAGAAUGGACCCACAGGUGAGGAGGGAGCUGCAGGUAUGGAGGGAGCUACAGGUGAGAUAGAAGAUGCAGGUGAGGAGGGAGCUGCAGGUAUGGAGGGAGCUGCAGGUGAGAAUGGACACACAGGUGAGGCAGGAGCCUCAAGUGAGAAUGGAUCCACCUGUGAGGAUGGAGCCACAGAAGAGGAGGGAGCCGCAGGGGAGUCAGGAGCAGCAGGGGAGGCAGGAGCAACAGGGGAGGGAGGAGCUGGCUUCGAGGGACGAGCUCCCUGUGAGGCAGAAGCUACCAGUGAGGCAGAUGGUACAGGUGAGGCAGACACUGAAGAUGAGGAAGGGGCUGCAGAUGAGGCAGGUGGUAUAGGUGAAGCAGACAUUGCAGAUGAGGAAGGGACUGUAGAUGAGUCAGGAGCUCCAGGUGAGGCAGGCACUGCAGAUGAAGAAGGGGCUGCAGGUGAGGCAGGAGCUGGCGUUGAGGCAGGACUUGCAAGUGAAGCAGGAGCUACAGGUGAGGCAGGCACUGCAGAUGAGGCCGGGGCGGCCAGUGAGGCAGGAGCUGAGGGUGAGGCCAGAGCUGAAGAUGAAGCAGGAACAUCUGAUGAGGAGGGAGCGGCAGGUGAUACGGGAGUUGCAGGUGUGGCCGGAUCUCUGAGCAUGGCAGGAGCGGCUGGGGAGGCAGGAGUUCCCAUGGAGGCUGCAGCUUCAGGCAUCGCUGGAGCCAUGGAUGAGCCACGGGCCCAGUCCCCACAGUGGCAUCUGGCCUUGGAGCCUGUGCUAGAGAAUAUGGGCUACCAGGAGCUGAGAACCUUCUCCGGAAUGGAAGAGCCGGGUGAAGGGGAAGAGUCCUUUGAGAGCUGGCUGGAUCAUGCCAACGAUAUGCUGUACCUGUGGCGCCACGUGACCGAGAUGGAGCGGAGGAGGAGGCUGGUGGAGAGCUUGGGGGGUCCGGCGCUGGAUCUCCUGUGCAGCCUCCUGGCAGAAGAUCCCAACUUGGCAGCCCAGGAUUGCCUGAUGGCGCUGGUGGAGGCGUUCGGGAGCAAGGAUCCCCGGGUGAACGCUCGGCUGAAGUUCAUGACGUGUGCCCAGCGGCCCCAGGAGAGCCUCUUUGCCUUUGUGAUGCGCCUGGAAGGCCUGCUGCAGUCGGCCCUGGGCAAGGGGGCCAUGCACCCAGCCAUCGCAGAUCAGCUGCGUGCCCGGCAGGUGCUCAUGCGGGCCCGGCCCAACAGCCUGAUGCAGAACAAGCUGAAGAGGAUGCGGAUGGAGAGAAGAGCCCCCAGCUUCGUGGCGAUGCUGCAGCUCAUCCGGGAGACCGAGGCCUGGGAGACCGACCCAGCAAUGGGUGAGCAGUUCCCAGUGGAGGAGGAGGCCCAUGGGGUCCUCGGAGACCUGGCGGCUGCCCUGGCCUAUACGAUCAUCACCGAGGGCGCAGCUGCAGGUGGAAGUGAGCCCUUCCCAGCCAGUGGAGGUAUCUCUGCCCAGGUUGCCCUUUCCAAGGAAGGUGGCGUCGAGGCCCUCCCAGCACGUGAAGAGGCCAGUAAGGCAGUUGGCAGCAGCACUGAGGUUGCCCAGGCUGCUGCUGAAGCCCGUGGUGCCACCAGGGCAGCCUCUGCCCCUGGGGAGACCACUCAGGAAGAUGGAAGGGCUCCCGGCCUCCCGGGCCUAGGUCAGGCGGCACCCUCAGAGGCCCUUUGGGGCCCUGCCACUGCCAGGAUGGGCAGGGCUUCCCCGGUGGUCCCAGGAAGUCCUGGCUGGGAGCCAGAGGGUCUCCCCCAGGCAGGAGACCAGGAGGCCGAGGAGCCCCCCAAGAAGGGGCUCAAGCCCAUCCCAGAGGAGCCCGGAGAUGAGGAAGGGGCUGUGGAGAUGAGCCCCCCGGGGUUCUCCUCUGGUCAAUAGGCUCAGCAGGUCCCAGGCCCCUGGCCUGGAAGCAGGGAGAGGCCAGGUCAGGCAGCCUCCUGGCCCCACGUUAGGGGCCAUGUCAUGGUGCCUGGGCCUCCCCACCUCCCCAAGAGGGGACCCCUAUUCAGCAUACCCUGGGACAGGUUGCUCCCUGUCCUGGGAAGUCCAAAUGUGUCCCUGUAGGCCCCCUAGUGACCCAGAUCUCAAGGAACGGCUCUCUGGUCCAGCCCCUCUCCCCUCCCCAUCAACACACAUCCCUGAGCUGUUAUCAACUCCCCUCCCACCCCCUGAAGAGCCCCGAGGUGCCUGUGAACCCAGGCCGGGUAUCCCCACCUACCUGGUCAGCCAGCCCUGAGUCCUGCCACGUUCCCUGAGCUUCAGCACCAGCCAAGGCCCAGUCCUCAGCUCAGCGUGUGCUUCCCCAAUGUGGAUUCAGACCAAGUUCUGCUUGGUCUCCUGGAGAUGUGCAUGUGUUCUUCUCUGAGCAGUUCCCCGCACCGUGGCGCAGAGAUACCCCAGCCCACUCCCAGGAACUGAUGGGAAGGAGGGGACGGACGAAGGCUUGGCUGGCGACCACCCUGGGACCUCGGGAAGGAAGAUCUGCAUUGGGGCUUCCCAGCGGGUCUUCGGGAGGCCCCCCAGGACCUGUGCUCUGCUGGACCACACCGUGCUUCCUUGGGACUCUGCGUUCUCGGCUUGGUGCAGCGUGCCCUGUUGUGUGACUGUCCUGUGCCUGCCAUAGGGCAUGUGGGCCUGAGUGGGAGGGGCUGCCCUGGGGGGAUCAGGCAUUGCCAGCGCCCACCGUCCUGGCAAGACACCGACUGUGAGGCCCUUGGGAAGGGAGA